AUGUUACCGGUUUUUUUUUAUUUCCAGGCGAAUGCGCUGUGUACCGUUUUGGCGGCGAUAGCAGUUUACCAGGUGCUUAGUCUUCCGAUGAACGAAAAUAUAAAGUUACCACGUGUGGGCACGUCGAAUCCUUACGAAAUAAAUGGAUUAAAUUAUGCACAUCAAAAAUCUGUUAUAAAUAAUGCGAGUGCGUUGGAAAAUUCGUUGGACUAUGUCGAUAAAACUGUGCGCCAAGUGCAAGAGAUUUUGAAAGCAAAUUCGUCACUUCCCAGAUUAACCAGAGGCGAAAUUUUGGAAAUUAUCGAAAAACUCACCAAAUCCGAUUUGGCCGCGGCUCAAAGGGAGAAAUCGAAACAACGCGAUCAAAAAUCUGUUAUGUUAGUCAUGCCGUACACGCCAAAUCGUGACGAUGACGGCAAAAUGCAGGAGUUAUAUACUAAAGCGCCGGUUACACAAAUUGUCAACGACUCAAAACCUGGAAACGCGAGACCCACGAGCAGGGAAAAAGUGCAAGUCAAACAGAGAGGCGUGCAGUCGACUACUGCUACCCCGAAAGUUAAGACUAGCUCAUCAGCAGAUUUCAAUCAUCAAUCGCCUAAAGUAAAGGAGGAACCGUAUCUUGGACGAACCACGGCGGAAGUACGACCCGACUCCUACAUUAAGUUUAAACCGCUACCAGAAAUUAGUGGAGUAGACGAGGAAAUGGAAGAGUUUCUGGGACGUUUCGGGCUUGGAAAAAGUGCACAGAGCGGCCGCAAGAAUAGAAAAAUUCACACCCCUCAAGACACACUUUCGGAGAUACCGGGUGUCGACUUCGAGAUAGUUCCGGAUACAUUGCAAGACGUAGUGAAGAAUUUGGGUUUGUGGAAUCGAGAGGGAAAGGAUUUUGAGCACCACGUUUCGCCCCCACAAACUCACGUUUUCAAUCCAAUUGAGAGCACGUACGCCACGCAAGAAGAGCUCGACAAGCUAAACCAACUCAUGGAACUUAUUAAGCAGUUAGAAAAACUGAACGGUACAGCCAGUGAGGCAGACUUGAACAAAUUGGACAUGGACCAGCUGAAGGAACUCGUGGGAAGUUUGCAAAAAAACGACUCUGGGGUUCUUGGCGCAGAUGACGACGACUUAAAUCCGAUUAACUACGACAUUGGGUUGAGUAAGAAUGAAGUUAAACGUCAAGAAAACUCUACUUCGACUGAAGCUACGAGCGCGGCGACCAGUAAUCAAGAAACCGAAACCGUUAACAUCAAGGACUUGGAGGAUUCUUUUGGUGGCAGCGCCGCCAUUGAAGCUGAGGUCACGGUGCCGCCUCCCACAGAAGCACCGAAAACCGGCUUCUACUAUCUACUCGAUUGGAAUUCAUUCUUCGAUAUUGAUGAUCAAAAAGGGAAAAGAGUGAAUUUAAGGUUUCAACCGAAAGUUGGCGAUCCACGGCAGUUCAUUUCCGUAUCCGUUCCUUAAUUUCCUUCGUUUACGCAUUGUACAUAUUUAAUAACGCGCGAGACCUUAGAAAUUUAAGAGUAUUAUGUAAAUAUAAAUAUUUAUUUUGUGGUAAAUAAAGUAAAGAAA